AUGUCUGUGGAAAGUAUCGCGCAGUCUCUGACAGGCCUAUCGAUUCAGCCGCAAGCUAUUGUGUCACACAGUACCACUAAUUCGCCUGCGUCAUGGCGCGAAGCGUUGGAAGGAGCGUCUUCUGCUCCAAAAUCUUUCGAGCUUUUGAAAACUCUCGUCUAUAAGCCGAAGACUGCGAAGACUGCAACUCCUGUGCCUUUGGUCAUCAUUGCUCGCGAGGGGACGGAAGUAAUCUCUGGUGCGGUAGGCAAGAAACUCGGGUUGAAGGAGCUUCGUCUGGGUUCGGAGGACUUGUUAACUGAGUUCUUCUCUCUUGACAAAAACUCCCUCUCUCCUUUGGCAUUAAACGAGCAGACAUAUCCCAAAGUCGUGACUGCGAUCGACUCCUCGAUCAUCUCAUCAACGGCGCUUUUCGCUGUCCGUGCGCUCUCAUCAAGUGCAACCAUUUUCUUGUCUGGAAAGGAUAUCUAUGCAUAUCUGAAACUACUGGAGACUCAGGAGGCUCUUUUGCAAGAAGUUGACUUCGAAGCUUUGAAGGUCGGAGCAGACACGCUUACAGUACAGCCAAAAGCUGCACCGGUCAAGGAGAAAAAAGAAGAUGCAAAGAUAGAGGGUGCCAUUCAGAUUGCCAUUGGUAUCAAGAAAGAAGUCGAUUUUGCAGGAUGGUAUACAAAUGUGCUCAUAAAGGCUGAAAUGAUGGACUAUUAUAAUGUUAGUGGAUGUUAUAUCUUGCGUCCGUGGUCAUACAGUAUCUGGGAAGUCAUUCAAGAUUGGUUCAAUGCUCGUAUCCGCGAGAUGGAAGUGCAGAACGCGUAUUUUCCCAUGUUCGUAUCAUCAAAGGUAUUGGAACGGGAAAAGGAUCAUAUUGAAGGCUUUUCUCCAGAAGUGGCUUGGGUGACUCGAGCUGGGAACUCUGACCUUGAGGAGCCUAUCGCAGUUCGUCCAACAUCCGAGACAGUCAUGUAUCCGUACUACGCCAAGUGGAUCAAAAGUCACCGAGACCUUCCACUGAAGCUAAACCAAUGGAACAAUGUCGUUCGAUGGGAAUUCAAGAAUCCUCAACCGUUCUUGCGAACACGCGAGUUCCUUUGGCAAGAGGGCCACACUGCAUUUCUCACGAAAGCAGAAGCAGAUACUGAAGUCCGCGAGAUAUUGGAGCUAUACCGACAGGUCUAUGAAGACUUGCUCGCAGUGCCUGUCAUUCCUGGCAUAAAGUCGGAGAAAGAGAAAUUCGCAGGUGGACUGUAUACCACGACUAUUGAGGGAUUUGUGCCCACGACCGGACGCGGAAUACAGGCCGGCACGUCUCAUUGUCUCGGACAAAACUUCUCGAGACCGGAGAUGUUUAACAUCUUCGUCGAGGAUCCCAAUGAUCCAACUGGACAAGGCAAGGUAUAUGUCUGGCAGAAUUCGUGGGGGUUGUCGACGCGUACGAUUGGUGUGAUGGUGAUGAUUCAUGGAGACAACCAAGGCUUAGUUCUUCCCCCGCGGGUAGCUUCCAUCCAGGUCAUCAUUGUGCCAUGUGGUAUCACAGCGAAGACGAGUGACGAGUCAAGGAAAGCCAUCAAUGAUAAAUGUGAAGAGCUCUCCAAGUCCCUGAAAUCGGUGGGAGUGAAGGCUAAGGCUGACCUUCGUGAGGGAUACACUCCCGGCUUCAAGUUCAACGAUUGGGAACAAAAAGGUGUGCCGCUCCGUCUAGAGAUCGGGCCAGCCGACCUUGCAAAGCAGCAGACGCUUAGCGUCCGCCGUGAUACGGGCACGAAGGCUCCAUUGCCCCUCGCAGAUCUCAUGGCAUCGGUCCCUAAGCUUCUUGAUACUAUUCAGGCGGAUAUGUUCAAGCGAGCGCAAGACACAUACUUCUCUCGCCUCCGAGAGGUCACGCGCUGGGAAGACGUUGUUCCUACCCUGGAAGACAAGUGCGUUGCUGUCAUGCCAUGGUGCGAGGAGGAAGCAUGCGAAGAUGAUAUCAAAGAGCGCAGUGCGCGAGCCGCCGAGCCCCAAGACGAGCGCGCUCCGUCGGCAGGAGCAAAAUCACUGUGCAUACCUUUCGACCAAUCAAAAUGGCCACCUAUUGAGCCUGGAAAAACCAAAUGUACUGCAUGUGGCAAGGAUGCAAAAAGGUGGACCAUGUUUGGCCGGUCGUAUUAA